UAAAUCCAUUCUCAUACUUCACUAACAUUCAUAUUCUUUAGUUUCAUUUCACCCAAAAAAAACAUAUUUUUAACCAAUAACCAUGACUUUCAUGAUAAGUUCAUUCAUCCAAUUCUUCAUCUUCUCAACAUCCAAGUUUUUCAUCUACACCAAACUCAAUUUUUCCAUGAAUGAAUCCAAGAUUCAUGUUGAAAAAAAGAUCCAACAUUCAAAAUUAUCAAAAAGGAUGCCUUCGUUUAGAGAUAGAAGCUUACGAAGAGAUGAGGUGGAGAUGGUGAUGAACAAUUUGGGAAUUUUCAAUCUAGGGGACAAAAUCCCAGAAAGAUUGAGUUCUAAUGAUGCUUUUAACAUUUUUGAAGAAGAAAACCCAAAUUUGGAUGAAGUUAAGGGAGCUUUUGAUGUGUUUGAUGAAAAUAAAGAUGGAUUUAUUGACGCAAGAGAGUUGCAAAGAGUUCUUUAUGCUAUGGGGUUGAAGGAUAGAGCACAAAUGGAUGAUUGCAAGAAGAUGAUUAGAGUUUUUGAUGUGAAUGAUGAUGGUAGAAUUGAUUUUGAUGAGUUUGUGAAGUUUAUGGAAGGAACAUUUUGUUAAUUUGUUGGAUUCUAUCUCUUUUGACUUUCCUAUAUGUAUCUAUUAAAAGGUUAAUGCAAAAAAAAAAAAAAUAACGAUAUAUUUCCAUUGAUUUA